AUGUAUCCCUGCGGAGCGCAAGCAGCUCAAGUAGGUGCUUUUGCAGCAGCAGCAGCAGCAGCAGAAGCAGCAGCAGCAGCAGCAGCAGCAGCAAAAGCACCAUUGCAACGGCAGCAGCAGGGGAGCACGCAGCAGCAGCAACAGGAGGGAAAGCAGCACCGGCAGCAGAACGACAAGCUCAAGCCCAGCUGCACCCUCUGCGCCACGCAGCUGCAGCAGCAGCAGCAGCUACAGCAGCAACUGCAGCAGCAGCUACAUCAGCAGCAGCAGCUGCAGCAGCAACUGCAGCAGCAGCUACAUCAGCAGCAGCAGCUGCAGCAGCAACUGCAGCAGCAGCAGCAGCAGCUACAGCAGCAACUGCAGCUACAGCAGCAACUGCAGCAGCAGCUACAUCAGCAGCUGCAGGAACAGCAACAGCAGCAGCAGGAACAGCAACAGCAACAGCAGCAGCAGCAGCAGCAGCAGAAGCAGCAGCAACUGCAGCAGCAGCUACAUCAGCAGCUGCAGGAACAGCAACAGCAGGAACAGCAACAGCAACAGCGACAGCAGCAGCAGCAGCAGCAGCUACAGCAGCAACUGCAGCUACAGGAGCAACUGCAGCAGCAGCUACAUCAGCAGCUGCAGGAACAGCACCAGCAGCAGCAGGAACAGCAACAGCAGCAGCAGCAGCAGGAACAGCAACAGCAACAGCAGCAGCAGCAGCAGCAGCAGCUACAGCAGCAACUGCAGCAGCAGCUAUAUCAGCAGCUGCAGGAACAGCAACAGCAACAGCAGCAGCAGCAGCAGCAGCAGCAGCUACAGCAGCAACUGCAGCUACAGGAGCAAUUGCAGCAGCAGCUACAUCAGCAGCUGCAGGAACAGCAACAGCAGCAGCAGCUACAGCAGCAACUGCAGCAGCAGCUACAUCAGCAGCUGCAGGAACAGCAACAGCAGGAACAGCAACAGCAACAGCGACAGCAGCAGCAGCAGCAGCAGCUACAGCAGCAACUGCAGCUACAGGAGCAACAGCAGCAGCAGCUACAUCAGCAGCUGCACGAACAGCAACAGCAGCAGCAGGAACAGCAACAGCAACAGCAACAGCAGCAGCAGCUACACCAGCAACUGCAGCAGCAGCUACAUCAGCAGCUGCAGGAACAGCAACAGCAGGAACAGCAACAGCAACAGCGACAGCAGCAGCAG